GAUUUCUAUGCCGAGUGCCGCAAUACAAGAGUUUUUGCACAGCGGCGACCGCGUGGAUUUGGAUUGACUUGUCAUCCUAGACUAAUAAAGAUUUGUGAGGCAAUUGGAAUCAAGGACAUAUAUGUGAAAGUGGAAGGAUCUACUAAAAACUACUUAGCUUUGACACACGCAUUUGUAACUGGAUUAUUGAAUCAGGAAACUCAUCAACAGUUAGCCGAGCGAAAAGGUCUUCAUGUAGUGGAGAUGUCACCUUCAAGGCACUUCCUCCCACAAGUUGUCGCAUCACCGAUUCUCAGUCCUCUGAAAGAGGAGGAUGAACUGGAGGAUAUUGACCGGUUGAAUUUGGAUGAUUUCUAUGGGGAAGGUAGAUAUCCCUUGAGAAAGCCUAAACCAUUGCCGUUCUACGUAAAUACGCCUGGACAUAUCGAAGCAGAAUGGCGGAAGCAUCCUUUUAGAAAUCAUGAAGAGGUUAUGAUUCGACUUCUCGCUGAUGGAGUUGUACCUCGAUGGACACGAGAUGCUCGCCGCAAGUGGUCAGAGGAACGGCAUGAGCAGGCGACAGCCGGCGUGGUGCAGCUGCCAACUGGAAUUGGCCUUUCCGAUGUCGUUGCGAAAAAGGAGUGA